GGCGCCAGCAAAUCAAUAGGAAAUCUUCUUCUUCUUUUGCUUUGCUCUCUUUCAUCUUUUCACCCUCAAGAAUGAUGGCUGUUCUUCUCAAGCGCCUUCUUUUCUUCAGUCUUGUGUCCACUCUGGUUACCAUUUCAUUGCAGCAGGAGCAACCUGUCCUCAACUCGGCUGAGCAGGACUUGGUUUAUCGAGUUCUCUCCUCCAUCAACUCAGCCAUCCCUUGGCAUACUCUUUUUCCCGAUGACCUCUGCUCUUACCCUCCUCACGGCGUUGUUUGUGAUUAUUUCACCGACCCCACAACGAAAAACGUUACCGUUCAUAUCACGGAACUGAGUUUCGGGUACGUUUCUGAUUUUACACCAAACCCUCCUUGCUAUCCCGAUUCCACUUUCAGCCCUCUCCUUGUCACUUCCUUCAAACAUCUGCGCAAGCUUUUCUUCUACCAGUGCUUCACCAAAACUCAAGUUUUUAUCCCCGAGAUCCCCACUACUUUUGGUUCCUCUCUUGAAGAGCUUGUCUUUAUAAAUAACCCUGCUUUUGUUGGUCCUAUCAGUGGCAUCAUCCGAAAUUUCACAAGCUUGAAGAGGUUGGUUUUGACUGGAAAUGGAAUUUAUGGGAGCAUCCCAGAUGCAAUUGGUGAUUUGGUUAACGCUGAAGAGAUUAAACUGUCGAGAAACAAGCUCAGUGGCAACGUUUCUGUUAGUCUAUCGAAGUUAAAGAAGCUGAAAGUUCUCGACUUGAGCGGCAAUGGAUUCAAUGGAAAUGUACCUUGUACGGUUGGUAAUCUCCCUGAGCUUUUGAAGCUGGACUUGAGUUCUAAUGGGUUUUCUGGUAAAAUCCCAGAGAGCUUGAGUAACUUAAAAGCUCUUGAGUUUUUGGAUUUGAGUUAUAACCGUUUUGGUAACUUUGGGGUUCCUCCGUUUCUUGCCGAAAUGCCCGGAUUGAAGGAGGUGCAUUUGAGUGGGAAUUUAUUAGGAGGGGAGAUACCGGAAAUAUGGGUGAACCUAGGGGGUAUUGUAGGAAUAGGAUUUUCCAACGUGGGAUUGGUAGGUGAAAUUCCAGCUUCCAUGGGGGUGCACUUGAGAAACAUGUGUUAUCUGAGCCUUGACAACAACAAGCUUCAAGGGAAAGUGCCCAAGGAGUUCGGGUUUCUGGAGUUUGUGAAUGAAAUCAAUCUGGAAAACAACAAUCUUAGCGGAAGAGUUCCUUUUUCUGCUAAUUUCACUGCUAAAGUUGGUGAAAAGUUAAGGUUAAAUGGCAAUCCAGAACUGUGUGUUGAUGAGAAAUGGAGCCAUGGGAAAAACUUUGGGGAAUUGAAGAAAUGCUGCAAUCCAGACAUUUCCAAGCCUGUCAUCUUCAUUGGGACUUCUCAUUCUAGGAUGUUAUCAUCUUCUUUUCUUGUUUUAUUUCUAUUUUGGGCUCUUUUCAUAGUUUUUGUUUGAUUGAUUGUCAUCAAAAUGCAUGGGAAAAAAGAAUACUAAUAGAUAUUACAGAAACAGGUUGCUUGAAUGAAUGGAAAUUUUUGGCAGUUCACUAGAA